CCUCUCCCGGAGUGUACCCCGCAGCGUACCCCGCAGCCAUGUGGCUCGUCCUCCUUCUUGGCGCUUUUCUGCUCUCCAGUGCCGUGAGUGGGAGCGACGGCUCGGCUUCCACUGCUAUCACGUGCUUUACAAGAGGACUUGACCUUAGAAAGGAGACAGAAGAUGUUCUUUGUCCAGCAAACUGUCCUCUAUGGCAAUUUUAUGUCUUUGGUAGUGGAGUUUAUGCCUCUCUUUCCAGUGUUUGUGGAGCUGCCAUACACAGGGGGGUGAUCACUAAUGCCGGAGGAGCUGUAAGAGUGCAGACUCUCCCAGGACAGGAAAACUACCCUGCUGUAAAUGCCAAUGGGAUCCAGUCUCAGGUGCUCGCUAGAUGGACUUCAUCUUUCUCAGUGACUCGUAUCAAGAACACGGCGCUUGAAGCAGUCGGGCGAACAGUAUCAACAGCACGUCCUUCUACAGGUAAAAGACCUAAGAAACCACUUGAUAAAAAGGCUGGAAACAAAGACUGUAAAGCUGAUAUUGCAUUUCUCAUUGACGGAAGUUACAACAUAGGCCAACGUAGAUUUAAUUUGCAGAAAAACUUUGUUGGAAAAGUAGCUGUGAUGUUGGGAAUUGGAACAGAAGGGCCCCAUGUUGGAGUCGUACAGGCCAGUGAACAUCCAAAAAUUGAAUUCUAUCUGAAAAACUUCACUGCUGCAAAAGAAGUUUUGUUUGCCAUAAAGGAAUUAGGGUUCAGAGGAGGCAAUUCUAAUACAGGGAAAGCUUUGAAACACACUGCUCAGAAAUUUUUCUCCUUGGAAAAUGGAGCACGCAAAGGAAUUCCCAAGAUCAUUGUAGUGUUCAUAGAUGGCUGGCCCUCAGAUGACAUAGAAGAAGCCGGCAUAGUGGCCAGAGAAUUUGGAGUCAAUGUAUUCAUUGUAUCUGUAGCAAAGCCCACAACUGAGGAGCUGGGAAUGGUACAAGACAUUGGCUUUGUUGACAAAGCUGUCUGUCGAAACAAUGGCUUCUUCUCUUACCAAAUGCCCACCUGGUUUGGUACUACCAAAUACGUGAAACCUCUUGUCCAAAAGUUAUGCUCACACGAGCAGAUGUUGUGUAGCAAGACAUGCUACAACUCCGUCAACAUUGGUUUCUUGAUAGACGGCUCCAGCAGCGUUGGAGACAGCAAUUUCCGCCUUGUGCUUGAAUUCAUCAGCAAUGUUGCAAAGGCUUUUGAGAUCUCUGACAUCGGUUCCAAGAUUGCAGUUGUGCAGUUCACAUACGACCAGCGUACCGAGUUCAGCUUCACAGACUACACCACAAAAGAAAAGGUCCUCUCAGCAAUGCGAAACAUUCGCUACAUGAGUGGUGGCACUGCUACCGGCGAUGCCAUUUCUUUCACCACCAGAAAUGUGUUUGGGCCAGUGACGGAUGGACCUAACAAAAAUUUCCUUGUUGUUUUGACUGAUGGUCAGUCGUAUGAUGAUGUUAGAGGACCUGCUGCUGCUGCACAAAAAGCAGGAAUAACAAUCUUCUCCAUCGGUGUUGCGUGGGCACCUCUGGAUGAUCUGAAAGACAUGGCUUCUGAACCAAGAGAAUCUCAUACUUUCUUCACUAGAGAGUUCACAGGAUUGGAGCAGAUGGUUCCUGAUGUUAUCAGAGGCAUCUGUAAAGAUUUUUUGGACUCUAAACAAUAAAGCAAAAAUCUGCUGUUGGGUAUUACUAUUUUGAAACUCAAAGUCAUGAAACUGAAAUGUCCCUCUAAACUACAGAUGUUUUGUUCUUAUAUAUACUAUCAUAAUGCCAGGGGAGAAGGGCUACUUUUUGCUUCUGUAAUCAGUCAAGGAUUCUUGUGAGAUUGAUUGUUAGAAGUUGUACUUAAUACUGGAAUGCAGGAUUUGGCCAGCUAUUAUUUUCAAUACAUAUAUAGCAUCCCCAAGUUUAAAGCUAUGUAUAUCAUGCACUUAAGGCUAUCAGAUAUCAGCAGAGGAAACAAUACAGCUCUGACACGUUUCCUGUCACUUGCUAGAUGUCUACUUACACUAAAAAUAGCAUAAUUUUAAAUACACGGUACUAUCAUUUAUAAGCCUUCUGUAGCUUACCAUUCUGUAUCUUUUCAAGGAGGUCUUCCUGAUAGUGUGAAAUACUUCCAGUGUUUCAGUUCUGCAAAAUCCAUUAUUGCCAGGCAGUUUAAGAAAAAGUACAGCAGAUUGUAGCUAAACAGUAUUUUUACUACUCGAGGUUUCGCUGUUGUGAACGAUAACGCUAUCUGGUUGGUGAAGUUUACAUCAAAAGACAUUUAACCUACAGAUCUCUGUGGAUCUAUGUUCUUUCGGCACAGAUUUUGAAAGGUAUUUAAGACACAGCAGUUCUUUUUGAGGAUCUGGAUGCUAAUAUAUUAGCCAAUAGUACUGCUUCCUGCACCACGGAAGUCAACAGUGGUAUUCCUAAUACAGCUGAUAACUGGAUUUUUUCCCAUCUCCUGCCUCGUACCGUCUUGAUUUUACAAGGUUGGUUUUGGCUUAGAGACAGAAAUAUUGGGCAAAGAGAUUAAAUUAGAAAACAAAACUGGGAACUUAAAGCAUUCAAAUCCAAAGGUACCUCAAACCUUGAAAACUAACAACUGAUUUAUAUCAGAUUACCUUUUUAGAAAAGAUGAAAGUAGGCAGUCACAUAAGUGGGAGUCAGUAGCUCAGAGAAUAACAAUUUCUAAUGCUCGUAAAAACAUCUAUCAAGAUGUGCAAAGUUCUCUGAUGAUGAAAGAAUAUUUUUCUUUUUUUAAAAGGCUUUAAUUUAGUUACAUACCUGGUACUGUGUUGAUAUUUCCAUAUCUACAUACGUAUGGUUAAGAUAAUGCACUAUAUUGCUGAGUUAUUCCAGGUUCCCCGAAUGAAUAACAGAUUUCAAGUAUUCUUUAGAAAAUAAAGGGUUCUGCAAAUAAUAUAUGUAGUAGAAAACAAAACGGCACUUUCCCUAUCAGUCUAGGGUUUCCCUUUUUUUCAUCCCAUCCUGCUGUUGAUUGUAAAAUUCAUAGUAGUUACGGAGUGAGCACAGAAGGGAUUGUAUUCAUCAGGCUUUUGUUGUGCAUUUUUUAAUAACUUAUGACAGGCUAUAUAUUACACUAAACACGAAUGGCAAAGAUGCCUUGUAUUUUUCUAUUAAUUGUUAACCUUAAUUUUGUUAUAUGUUUAUAGAUAAGAGUAUUCAGCUCUUGCUGUAUAAAUUCAUAUGCAAUACCAACUUUGUGCAAAAGUUUAAUUCAUUUAGUUCAUAAACUUUUUAUAGAAAUAUAUAUUGCAAGAAAACCAGGACUGCAGCUACCUGUUUCAAUAUCCUGCAGUGUAAGUCUUUUUAUGAUGAACCUCAUGUAGUAGAGCUUGAGUGAAUUGCAUAUGCUGCUUCCUAACUGCCUGCAUUAUCUUAAAUCCCAGUUUGCAAAAGAAAAAGAAUCCUAAAUCAUCCUCUAAUAGCAAGGAUACUCUUUAAAAAAAUAUUUUAAUUUGAAUUAACAUAAAAGUUGUAGUCAUUGUUCAUACUAAGUAUGAUGCUAGAUGAAUCUGAAUAUAAAUUGCACACCAGCUAGUAGAAUUAUGUUUACUUUCCCAUUUCGUUUUCACUGUUGCAGAGGAAGAGGCAGCUUUGCUCGUGCCAUUCACUCAUCAAGGAAAAAGCAGGUCUGGGGCACAGCAACCUGCAGAACCAAGUGUCCAAAUAUUUUGUUUCACAGGAAUGACAACAACAUAUUAGUUGUGGGUCUAGGAUAACUCUCAUGGACAACUCUCCAUGGGGAGCCCUGAGUGCCUAGCAGCAAGCAGUCCAGCAGAUCCCAACAGGCUUUUCCCCUGGUGCACAGUGAGCUCCACAAAGCCCGUGAACAUCAACAGGGGCUCUCGCCAGGCUCUCAGGACUCACUAUUUCAUGUGCUCCCCACAGUCAGCCAUGUAGAGGCACCCUGCCACAGAGUUGGCCCUUUUCCUCAUUCGCAGCCUUUACACAGCCCAAUUACAAAGAAGAAAAAAGUGGUUGGUACAGAAAAUAAUUUUUUAAAUAUGCAGAGUUUCUAUGGAAGCAGAAUCUGUGACCACAACUGUGACCUGGGAAAAAAAUGUUGAUGGGAUACAAAUAAAAGGAUUGGGACCUGGUGAGAUACUGAGUCAGUGGCCUGUGCAGGAGGUAAAGUGUAAGUCUGGAGGAAAACCAACAUGGUAGGAGGGUAGCAAGCAUGAUUUGAAGUCCUGUUUUGGGUAAGGAAGUAGGUAAAGACACAGUACGAGGAUUCAGUUUUAUGCUGCAGGACCAAGCAGUAGAGGGAAUGUGAACAGAGCUGCAGCUAACAUCAGCUGGACACGCUCCAUCUGGGACCAUUGCUGCAGGUAUUGGGACUGCCAAUCAAUACGGCCUGCAGGGGAUCCAUUCUGUUAUCUAGCGAGACUGGUGAAAACCUGUACGAUGAAAAGCAUGGAAAGGGACUGGACUAAGAGAUCUCCAAAAGGUCUCUUGCAAUCCAAAUAAGUCUGUGAAUCUCUGCACCGCUUCCCUGAAAAGUACUCAUAAGCCUCAGGGGGGCUCAGAUUUGCAAGACCACUGCUGAUGACAUACCAUUGCACAUAAAAUGGAAUUAUCAUUCCUUCACUCAGAAAAAAGUAGAAAAGUCUAAGCGUAGCAGUUCAGGUACCUGCGGCAACUCCCAGAGCUGUUUCUGAAUUUUGCGUAAAGUAGUAGUUACCACAGUCCAACACAUCCUUCUCAGUGGAACUCCCAGAGCAACCUGAAUUCACAAAAUUCUAUUAAUUUGCUGUCCUAAAGAAAACAAAGUUACUUUUUGUACCAUGAUAACUUCUAACAAGGGCUGCAACCUACAGCCAUGCAUUGGUUAGAACAUACACCUCACUGCUGAAAUCAUUCACUGCUGGGAAGGCACCAAACCACGAGUCUCAAUUUCCUGGGUGAAGGCCACUCUUAGGAUAUUUUAUAACUGAAAGCAGAAUGCAACUUCCUUUCCCAUCAGCAGGACGCCCUUCUCAGUCCUUGAAGGAAAUGCUAGAAAUGCUUAUCUCCAGGAUGAGACUCCAAGUCAGGGAUUAUACACACAGAGGACAUCCAACAAAUUUUCAUGCUUACUUUUUCCUGCAGGCUACUUCAGCACAGAAAUAUAAAGACUGUGUCUGUACAAAGCAACUCCCAGUGAACUUGCAGGUCAUUUAUUGGGAAUUUUUACCCCAAGGUGCUGGCAUGGCACCAGGCUUUGCAGAAAAUGCCUCCAUAUCCAGGCCAGGGUCUCUGAUUCCGGUUCUGAUUCCACUUCACACAAAUCUUAGGCACUUGGAUCCUCUCUGACCACGAAUCAGCUUGCACAUCCACCUUUUAAUAGAGGACGCGUUCUAGAUGCACACCUGCCUGACAAGCGCACUAUAGAGGAAAAGCAGGUAUAUGGCCCAGGACCGAAGGUCAGUAAACUGCAUAGAAGUCUUCAUACUGUCAGACCUGUGACCUGGUAGCAAAAAUCACAUCCUCAAGCAAAGGGCCAGAAGAGCAGGUCUUAGAAAUCAACCUUUAUCACUGCUUGUGAAACUAUUAAUCAGCAAGGAAUAAGAAAAAACC